AUUUCGAUUUGCUGGAAAUCUCGAUCGUCAACUUCGUCAGUCAUCGUCGGUUCGUUGCUAAUCGUUGUGUAGCGAAACAACAGAGCGCUCUACGGAACCUGCCACAACCAACCACCUGGUUCAUUUUUUUCCUCGAUUUCCCUGCCCGUGUGAGUAUUAGAAAGCGGUAUUACGAUGGAGACCCUGUCCGGCCUGGUCAAGACCACCCUUCCCAACUAUCUGUCCGGGUUGCCGAUUCCGAACACCUUCGGCGGAUGGUUCCGGCUUGGCUUCAAGGACUGGCUCUCGCUCGUCCCACCGACCGCCGCCCUCGGCGGCCUCGUCUACAUGUCCUACCUGGCGUUCUGCCCGGAGGCCCGCCCCAAGCCGAGCACCAAGGUGAACCGCACGAUCCGGCCCGCAGAGGCCAAGGUCGUGGACAUGAUCGACAUCGAGGACAUUGGCGAGAAGGCCGCCUUCUGCCGCUGCUGGAAGUCCAAGAAUUGGCCGUACUGUGACGGAUCGCACGGUGCCCACAACAAGGAGUGCCAGGACAAUCUGGGCCCGGUCGUCGUGCAGCGCAAGAAGAACUAGGGGAACCGUUUCAACGAACAUAGUGGCUAAUCGAAUUGCAUCCAUCUCCUUGUCUUUACGUUUCUUUUUUGUUUGAUUUCGCGAAUGCUAAUUGUGUAGCUCGAAACACAUCAUCAUUGUUCCAUUUUUUUUACUUAAACGUUGAAAAAAAAAUCAUGUUGAAGAAAAUGCUUUUAAUUUUACAGCGAUAAGAAUAGGACUCACGAUUGAAAAAAAAACAACUUUAAAAAAGACAACAAAAACGUUGAACAAAAAUGAUAUUCAAAAUAGUGGUGCUCAAAAGAGUUGAAAACAACUGCCGAUGUUGCAAACAUUUCCCGGGGCUUUACAAAUAAUGUUCAUCACAACCAAAAUGGCAAUAAUAAAAUUGAAGCGUUGAGUUGUUAAAAUAA